ACGAUAACGUCCCAGUGUGGUUCCACUUACGAAAUCGAGCCUCAUUUUACCAAAGCGUACAGGAGCUUCGCACGUACAGCUAGAUUUGCUCGUGGUGGUAAACAUCGUCUUUUGCUACAAUGGCCGAACUCUCCAUCAAUUUCAGGCGGCCCCAUGAGUUGGACAGAAGUCGCAUUCAGAAGCAGGGCAAGGGGCUGGACGCAAAGAGCGGGCUGGAGGCCGAGCGGCUGGACAGUGGGAUUGACUCCAUGCCGGAGGGCAGCGUGAGCAGCGUCACCGAGCAAAUGGACAAUCUCAGCGUCAACUGCGAGAGUGUGGAGGAGGCGGCUCCGUGCCAGAACUGGACACAGUUCAGGAGUGAGGAUGGUGACACGUUCCUUAACCUGGCCAUUCUGCACAAUUGCCCAGAAAUUGCCAUCCACCUCGUGAGGUCCAACACAUCUGUCAUCGACCUCUGCAACUCGUCCCAGCAGUGUCCACUGCACUUGUCAGUCAUUGUGGGCCUGCCGGAGGUGACCAGGGAGCUGGUGCAGGCCGGUGCCGAUCCGGAGAGCACAGACUACCUCGGCAACACCGCCCUGCACCUGGCCUGUGAGCAGGAAAACCUGGAGUGCAUGAACGCACUCCUUGAUCCAAUCCUGACCGGAACCGGUGGCUGGCGCCAAGACCUAGAAAGGUGCAAUUACAGCGGCUACACGUGUCUACACAUUGCGGUGAUGAGAGGACGUUAUGAAGCUGUUCAGAAACUGCUAGAUUCAGGAGCCAACGUUAACACUCAGGAACCGAACAGCGGGAGGACCCCCUUGCACUUGGCAGUCGAGUUCCAGCGCCGUGACGUGGUGCAGCUCCUCAUUGAAUGCGGAGCGGACGCGAACCGACUGAUGUACAACAGUUGUACAGCCUUCCACCUCACCGCCGGCCGGCCGGACCUGGAGAUCCAGAACCAGCUGUUCAAGCUGACCAACUCCUCGCUGAUCCCACUCUACGAGUCCUCGGACUCAGAGUCCGAGGCGGACUGGGAUAUCCAAUCGGACUGUGAUAUGCCUUUGGAUUACGAUGACCUUCAGAUAGGAGGCCACUCUCUGCACUGAACAAUAUCGUGGACCUUCUCGGUCCAACUGUGAUAACAGUUGUGUCAUCAAAGUGGAACCACCAGCAGACACUGUACUUUCCAGGCUGGAUCACAGAUCCUCCCACUCUUCCUUCGAGAGAGGGAGAGACUUGACAGCCUCAAGUCCAAGCAGAGCAGGUCGCUCCCUCCCUGUCAGUGGGGCUCAGGAUGUGGAGUGAGGUUGGCUAAAACUGGAGAGGGGCUGAACGUGCAGAAAGCUGGCAGGCAAGAACAACCCAGAGAGUUCCUCAAGCCUGUCACUUAAAGCCACCUUUCCCCACCUACCCAACCCUUCAACAGUAGCUCAUUCGACGCCUUUGCUGGACUUUGAAUUCCAUUGGAUAUGAUGAACUGACAAGUGGGACUUUGGGUGGGAAUGCCGAUCUCCCUGCCCCACCUCUCCUAUCCUUGCGUUAUCAGGCACAUGGGUUGUAUACCCAGGCUGAGAGUUGUCAGGUCCAAGCCGCGAUGGAUCUUCGUUGGGAUUUGGACUGGUCUGGUCUCUUCUGGAACUGCAGAUGGACAUCUACAAGGAAGCGAGAGACUCAGUGAUCUAGUCCUGCCACACCUCGGGCCUGGGUGGUACACACUCCCUCCACUCGUGGGAUUCUUAUGCAGAGAAGUCACGGAGGGCAAGGGCCCUCCCGCGUUACUCCAGUGUCUCGAUUCUGGUGCGCUGGGAACAGCGGUCUGCCCCUUCGCAACCUUGUCCCAGCCCUCGGAAGCUGAGUUCCAGAGCUCAGUUACUCCAUGGCUGUACACUCCUCGUGAGGAAUGUCUCUGCUUUCCCUCCAGGGGAAUCAGUAACAUUUCUCAAGAGUCACAACUUUGACCCCCCUUCCUUUCUUGCCAACCUCAAUGCAAACAUACAGACAAUGCGCUUCGUGACACCCCAGCCAUUGUCUUGAGUUUCUUGUGCACCCUUUGUCUGAUUAAAUGACCGAACCCCGGUACGUGUACCAAAUUCUGACAGCCAGUGGCUCCACUGGACAAGACAGUCAGACAGUCUCUGCAGCUUGCCACAGGCACAUUAGACACUAAUGCUUUGUAUGGUUCUUGAAUCAGAAAGUCAGGGUAACAUAGGAAAACUGAAUAUUAUGGGUUGUAGAAUAAUGUUGAUUUCCUUUGUGAGUUUUAACCUUUUUAUUCUGAUGGUUUUGUCAUUUUCAUGUGGAUUUUCAUCAAUAGGCAGGACAGUAAAACUCAGACAAUCCAUUAUCCAAUUAUUUGGUGACCUUGAAGGUUUGGCACUUGAGUCACUGGAUACUGAUUCCAUUUUAUUUUCUGUCUCCAGCACAUUGGGGCCACUGUUCUCAUGUUCCCUGUUCACUCUCCAGUGUUUCUGUAAACAUGAAAUUCCUUCCCCACCCCAUCUUAUUCUGGCUUCUUCCCCCCCCCCCCCCCACUUUCCAGUCCUGAAUCGGAUCUCAGCUGAAAGCGUUGACUGUUUAUUCCUCUCCGUAGACGCUGUCCAGCCUGCUGAGUUCCUCCAGCAUUUUGUGUAUGUUCUCAUUGGGAAAUAUUGUUUAACCUUUGUUGAGAGUGUUCUAUGAAGGAAAACGAUGAUAGACUAGUACAUCUGAGCACACCAGAUAAAUGGAAUAUUCCCACACUCUAAAGCAGGCAGUGGAAUUUAAGCCUCGCCAUACUCACUCACUACCCAUUAGGUCUGUUGACACUUAGGGCAGCAGUGAAGGUCCCCCAUCUCUGGGGGUGUUCAGGGCUUCCUUCAUCAUGUCAGUAGCUUCCUCUCAGUUUUCACUACUGUCAGUCAUGCAAAUCCCAGGUGGAGACUCAGGAAUACCGUCACACUCCGAUGUAGAAGGAUUCUUCAUUGCUGUUUCUGUUUGACCAGUCAGGGUUGUUGGCUCUGAGAUGAAGCCCCGAAACUGGAGGAGCAGUGGAUCACUCUUAGUCUAGCCUCUACCCUUUGACCUGCUUGGAAUGGGUAACCCUACCACCAGCCAGACUUCAGUCCGCUUCAUUCUCAAGGCAGACGAGCCUCUAAAGCACGGUAGUGGUCCUCUCGGAGAAAGUUCUACCAUUGGCAUGGACUAGAAGGGCUGUUUUCCGUACUGUAAUUGUUAUAUGGUACUAGAUGUCUACAUGUGGGCAGAGAGUGGAGUAUCCAGCCACCACCACACUUUGCUUGGAAUUCAAUUAUUUACCUUUGGGCUCAGCUCGCGUAUUGAAAUGUACAAAAGCUCAGCAGGUUAUAUAUUUAUGAAGAUAGGAAAAAUAUUUAGUCUAUCUAGAUUUCUCUAUGUCACACAAUGGUGAAGCGUUGCUUUGACUGACGUAGCCAGGCCAUCUCCCCAUCUACCAACAGAGUGGGAAAAAUCCUGUCUGGGCCGCAAACCCUGCCAUCCCAGGCAAUCUGGAUCACACUGCCCAAGUACUUCCUGUAAAUCCGUUUUCAUUCUACACAGUGCAGACAUGACACUUUCCCGGUGACCAAACGUUCAGUGAAGUGACUGAAUCAAAAUUAAACUCAAAGAUCAAAGUAAAUUUAUUGAAGUAUAUACUUGUCACCAAAGUACAUUUGUUAUCAAAGUAUUAUGCGGUAUGCAACCGUGAGAUUUGUUUUCCCAGAGAGACCCCCGAAACAAAGAAACACCACGGAAACCAUUCUAAGAAAAUCAUUAAACCCCCAUCGCCACAAAAAAGAACAAACUGCAAAACGGUAAAGAAGCAAGCAAAAAGCACAGAAUAUAAAACAUUGAACCACAAAGUCAUUGCAAGAACUUAGGAAUGUUCAGUUCAGUUUAGUUCAAUUUGGAGCUGUGUUGUUCAUUGGCGACAGAGUCAGUCCACCCCAAUCAAAAUCACACAAAAUAUUAAAAAGAAGCAAUCAGAAACUAGACUCGCAUCCUGACAUAAACUACAAACUGCAUCGACGAAGACUUCUCCAAGAGUAGAUACAAAGAAAUACAAUAGAAUCGAUGAAGAACUACACACAAAGAAAGACGGGUAAACAACGAACGUUCAAAAGAUGAGAAGCUAUGCAAAUACAAACAAAAACAGAUAAAUAUUGAGAACACAAGAGUCCUUGAAAGCGAAACUUGCAGAAGUAGAGUGAGGUACUGAAAAUGUAAACCGACUGAUUCUAUUUAUCUAUUGAUACAAGGUGGCCUCGGUUUGUAAACUGAGGCAUUUGUACAGAAUUGUUUUGCAGAUAGAUUUAUCUGAAGCAGAAGACUUUAUUUGAUGUUUUGGGAAAGACAAAACAGGAAAGUGACAUGCAUUUGUAAAUAAUGUCUGACAAACUCUAUUUUUAUA